UGUGUUUUUGGGACUUGAAAGCCAAGAAAGAUCCACAAACCCCGAACUGCCUCCUUUCUUUUCCCCUUCCCUUUCCUUCGCGUCGCUUCUCUCUCCUCUCCUCUCUUCAAUCUCGAUACGUAAAGUGAAGCUUUCCCCUCGUUAAUUGCUGGGUUGAGAAAGAAAGAGAGAGAGAGAGAGAGGGGGGGGGGGGAAAGGGGUGGUCGGGGCGGCAGAGGAGGAGGAGGCGAGGAUGGCGGGGGGGAGCGAGGAGCGGUGCUGUGAGGCGAUGUUCUGGGUGUACCUCAUCAUCAGCGUCGGCCUGGUCUUGUUCGCCGGCCUCAUGUCCGGUCUCACCCUCGGCCUCAUGUCCCUCAGCCUCGUCGACCUUGAGGUCCUCGUCAAGGCCGGCAAGCCCAAGGACCAGCUUCACGCCGCCAAGAUUCUGCCCGUGGUCAAGAAUCAGCACCUCCUCCUCUGCACCCUGCUCAUCGGCAACUCGCUCGCCAUGGAGGCGCUUCCCAUAUUUCUUGAUUCGCUCGUUCCGGCGUGGGGGGCCAUCCUAAUAUCCGUAACCCUAAUCCUGACCUUCGGCGAGAUAAUUCCUCAAGCUGUAUGUUCGCGGUAUGGGCUGAGCGUGGGAGCUAAAACUGCCGGAGUGGUUCGUCUGCUUCUUUUGAUCUUCUUUCCAGUGGCUUAUCCCAUUAGCAAGUUGCUGGACUGGCUACUGGGCAAGGGACAUGUUGCACUUAUGAGAAGAGCCGAACUGAAGACACUGGUGGAUAUGCACGGAAAUGAGGCAGGAAAGGGUGGGGAAUUGACUCAUGAUGAGACUACUAUUAUUGCUGGAGCUUUGGAGUUGACUCAAAAGACUGCACAAGAUUCAAUGACAACAAUAUCAGAGACCUUUUCGCUUGAUAUUAACUCUAAACUUGACAUGUACACUCUCGGUUUAAUCAUGAGUAAAGGACAUAGCCGUGUACCAAUCUACUCUGGCAGCCCAACAAACAUUAUAGGCCUUAUUUUGGUUAAGAAUUUGAUCACUUGCCGCCCUGAAGAUGAAGUUCCUAUAAGAAAUGUUACCAUAAGAAGGAUACCAAGGGUCUACGAUGACCUUCCUCUGUAUGACAUCCUGAAUGAAUUCCAGAAAGGCCACAGUCACAUGGCUGUGGUUGUUAAACGCAUAAAAGACAGUGACUUAACAACAGAAAAGAGCAAAACCAGUCCCUCAGAUAACAGAAUGGACCAGAGUAGGAACCACAAUGAAGCCCAUGGAGAUGGAUCUCUGUCAGUUAUGGCUGCGCAUUUGAAUAAUAUUACCAACGCGUCCCCUGUGAGUAGUAGUAUUCAGGGAUUUCACAGUCCUGUGAAGAGAAGCAACAUAGAUAAACAUGGAGAUUCACGCUCACAGGUCAAAAAAUUUGAACGAGGGCGACAUGACAAUAUCCUUGAUGUUAAUUCUGAUUCGCUUCCAAGUUAUUCAUUAGAUGAAGAAGUAGUUGGAAUUAUAACAAUGGAAGAUGUUAUGGAGGAAUUGCUACAGGAAGAGAUAUUGGAUGAGACAGACGAGUAUGUUGAUGUCCACAACAAGAUCAAGAUAAACAUGUUACCUACAAGAAGGUCAUCACCAAGAUCCUCUGGAAAUGUAUCUAUCUCUCAGUUUCCACGUCGAACUCCAACGGCAUCUCCACUGUCUCUCCUUCAAGAUGCUUCUGUAUCACGUUCACCUGUUUCUCAGUAUGCUCAAGUUCCUGGUCCAACACCAACCAUUACAAAAUCUGGACAGUCUUUAGCCAGUUCACCUGCACAUCACACAGGCCUUGGGCAGAACCUGUCAGCUUCAUAGCGAUAUAGGAAAGAGGGUCCUGUAUCAUGGUGUAUGUUCUUAGUUCUCACAAAGCAUUCUUUGCAACGAUCAUCAUUUCAGUGUUCAAUAGCUGUUUUUUCAAUGAUUAUACACUCACAAAGGUAACAAAGGUUUCUCCUUUGAGAAAUCAUACCAAGAUAUUAAUAGUUUCUUUUGUGUGUUGUAGUCUUUUUUUGGAGAAGUUUUUUCUGCUAUAAUUAGUCUGGAGCUAUUUGGCACCUUAUUUCUUUCAGUUUAUUUGACUAUAUUUUCAGUGACUUACACAUUUUGGAUCAUUAAUUUGUGUGGCACCAGAUAUAGUUUUACUCUGUAUGUGACUGCAGAAGUAUAUAUUUAGAACCAAUACGUGUAAAUAAUUCAAUAUAAACUCUCUCUCUCUCUCUCUCUCUCUCUCUCUUCUCUCUCUCUCUCUUUCUCUCUGUCUGCCAUUCGAUAUACUUGAUUAGAGAUAAGAAUUGACUGUAGUCGAUUAAGUGAACUUAAUUUUGUUUUCUGGGAGAAAUAUGCAGGUGAUCAUACUGAUUAUAUCAGACUGCAUUGUAUAGUUUUGUACAACUGAUUGUUAAAGAAUUUGAUCUUUUUUAUUUUCUAACCUUAUUGAUGUGUGUGUGCGUAUGCAAAAUCAUAUACUACCUCUAGUUGAUUGCCAUAGACAUCUAGAAAUAUCAGCAAGUUAG